AUGAGCUACAUUGUCCGUGAAUCAGUCUUGAACAACAAACCGAUCAUUGGCGUAUCCAUAAACUAUCGAAUGGCUGCAUUUGGUUUCUUGUAUAGUAAAGAGAUUGCCGGAACUGGAAACCAAAACUUAGGCCUUAGAGACCAACGAAUAGCCCUGCGUUGGGUUAACAGCCAUAUUUCGGCCUUUGGUGGAGAUCCAGAGAAAGUGACGCUAUGGGGAGAGAGCGCUGGGGCAUACAGUGUUGGUGACCACAUCAACGCAUAUGACGGUGACAAUGAAGGAUUGUUCCGCGCGGCGAUCUUGGAAAGUGGCGGCGCUGUCGGUCCACCCUUGAACGGAACUGAUUGGUAUCAGCAUAUGUACGAUAACCUGACCGCCUCCGUGGGGUGCUCGGGCGGGAAUGACACAUUGCAAUGUCUUCGCGAGGUGCCUUAUCAAGAUAUUGCACCAUAUGGCUACCAUGGUCUUGAGUGGUUUCAUGUAAUUGAUAAAUCCCUGAUUCCACGACAUGGUCAGGAAAGCCUCAUGCAGGGCAAAUUUGCGAAAAUACCCAUCAUUUUAGGAACAAAUACGGACGAAGGGUUUGGUGUGCUGGGUGUCAAUACGGACGAGCAAGCUGUGGAACAACUGCUUACUUCAAAGAGAUGGAAUGUCGACGAAAAGGAAGCUAGGAAGUUAUUGCAGCUUUAUCCGAAUGACCCGACGCUAGGACAACCAUACGGAUGGAGCGAUAGAACCUGGCCUGAGAACGGAGCACAGUGGAAGCGUUACCAGAGCAUUGCGACGGAUCUGACCAUGUUCGCACCACGAAGGCUGUUGGCAGAAAAGAUGAGCGAGCAUGUUAAGAAUGUUUACAGUUAUCGCUGGGAUGCACCUAAGUGGAAUAAUACACCAGGUAUGAUUGGUAUUAAUCACUUCUCAGAGAUACCGUUUGUGUUUGGCAACACGCAGCAAAACAUUACGCCACUUGGAAACGACCCAACGACCAUUGCGCUUUCGCGGACAGUGAUGAGAAUGUGGACGUCUUUCGCCUAUGAUCUUGAUCCGAAUGGACAUAAUGUCGCUGGGCUGCCUGAAUGGCCACAAUACAUCAAUAGAUCGGCCAACUUUGUGUUCCGCUUAGACAAGAGUUAUGUCGAAGACGAUUGCGAUCGAGUGGAAGGCGUCGCGUUCAUCAACACAAUUUUGACGUGA